UAAAUUAAGUUUUCCCUUGACUCUUUGUUAGAUCUACAUGUUUCUUUAAUUAAUAAUUUUCUCAAAUUGUGUGUUCCUCGUGACAAAAAUACAACUAAAAUGAUUGUUUGAGAUGUAUAUAUAUAUAAGGAGAAGAGUUAUAUGUUUCUUCAAUAACUUUCUCACCGUGUUCAUGAGAUUACCAUCGAGCUUUCCGAUGGAAAUAAUGACUUCCUCCGCCUUCUCCACCUCAUGUUGCCUUCCGCUUAAUUGCCCAAGAAGGGUAGUUUGGCCACAGCAUAUAUAUAGAAGAAUCAGCAAGCAAAGCCUCCCAAUAAUCCCGCCCUUGAUGAUCGUCUCAAAGUUGAAUGAGUUACAGCAAGUGCAUCCACGGCGAUCAGCUCAGUACCAUCCCAGCGUUUGGGACCUCAAACUCAUCGAGUCCUUAAGCACCCCCUACACUUAUGAGUUGUAUGGUACCCAAUUUGAGGAGUUGAAACGAAGCGCUAAAUGCUUGCUGACGUCCACCAAAGACCCUUGUGCUCUAUUGAAGCUUGCUUCCACGAUGCAGCGGUUGGGAGUUGCUUACCACUUUGAAAAGGAUAUUGAAGACGCUCUUGCUCUUUUGUAUCCAAAUCUCACUACCAAUCUUCACACCACUGCUUUGCAGUUACGAGUUUUAAGACAAAAUGGUUUUUCGAUUAGCUCAGACGUGUUUGACAAAUUCAGAAACAGCGAUGGGAGAUUCAUGGACAACUUAAGCAGUGACAUGGAGGGACUUCUGAGUUUGUAUGAAGCCUCACACCUUGGGAUGCAUGGAGAAAAUAUUUUGGAAGAAGGCAAAGAUUUUAGCAUAAAAAACCUGAAAUCAUUGAUAGGAAAAUUGGAGAGUGAUUCAGCUAAGCAAGUGAAACAGUCACUGGAAAUCCCCCUGUAUUGGAGGAUGCCAAGAGUUGAAGCUCGAAGCUUCAUUGAUGUGUAUCAAAGGGAUAUGGCAAAGAACUUGACUUUGCUUGAGCUGGCUAAGCUGGAUUACAAUUUAGUGCAAUACGUAUAUCAACAAGAAGUUAAAGAGUUAUCAAGGUGGUGGAGAGACUUGGGUUUUAAAGAUAAGCUACCCUUUUCAAGGGACAGGUUAAUGGAGAAUUAUUUGUGGGCCAUGGGGAUGAUUUUUGAGCCCCAGUUUUCCAAGUGCAGGAUAGGCCUCACCAAAUUUGUAUGCAUAUUAUCAGCUAUUGAUGACAUGUAUGAUAUAUAUGGAUCGCUGGAUGAGAUUGAAUGUUUCACUGAUGCUGUGGAUCGAUGGGAAAUGGAGGCCAUGGAGGACCUUCCAGAGUACAUGCGGAUUUGCUAUCUUGCCAUGCUUAACUUUGCUAAUGAAGUGGUCUUUGAUGUUCUCAAAGAUCAUGGCGUGAAUACUUUCCCCUACAUUAAGGAAGCGUGGGCAAAUCUUUGUCGAUCAUAUUUGGUAGAAAGACGAUGGUUUUCCAGUGGAUACACUCCAACUCUGAACGAGUACUUAGGAAAUGCAUGGAUUUCUGUGGGUGGUCCUUCAGCCAUGGUCCAUGCUUAUGUUCUGCUUGGGUGCACCAUAACUAAAGAUGCACUUGAUUGCUUAAAGCAUGGCUCUGAGCUUUUAUAUUGGGCAUCCCUCAUAACUCGACUAAGUGAUGAUUUGGGGACUUCCGAGGCUGAAAGCAAGAGAGGUGAUGUGGCGAAAUCUAUAGAGUGCUACAUGGUACAAGAAAGUGUAUCCAAAGAAGAAGCUCAAGAUCACAUAAGAGGAUUAAUCAGCUAUUCAUGGAAAAAGCUGAAUGAAGAGAGUGCCAAAAACUCCAUGCCAAAGUCCAUUGUCAAGAUGUCAUUAAACAUGGCUCGCACUGCUCAGUUUCUCUUCCAAAAUGGAGAUGGUAUUGGGACAUCAACUGGAGUGAUUAAAGAUCAUUUGACCUCGUUAAUUGUCAAACAAAUCCCCUAUUGAACAAAAAUAGUGUGACAGACCAUGUGACAAGGCAGUUCUAUAACUCUUUAGGUAGUUUUAUAAGCCAAGAGAUAGAUUUGAACGAGUGUUUAAUCUAUAUCCUAGUUUCAUAAGUGCUCAUAGAAGGGAGUUGUAUUGUUGUAACACCCCUCCCAUCUUUAAUAGGGUUAAGGGUGCUCUAAUUACUACCUACGGCUACCUAUGUUUGGGUUGGUUCUAAGUACCUUAGUAGGAGGAAAUGAGAUAUCGUUUUUCCGACUUUAGUGUGGAUCAGCUCUGCAUGGAAAUUAAAUUUGGACCCCUCAGCUAUUGUACAUGACUUGCCAGGGCUAUAUAAGAAAUGAGAUGCCCAACAUGUCUCCUAUUUUCACUAUUCUUCUAACCAAAAUCCUAGAGAGCGAGAGAAUGAGUGAGAGAGGAAGGAUUUUUGAAGGUUACCUUCAUGGGAGGUAAGACUUUUGCUCCAGUCUUGUUUCUUGUUUCUUGUUUUCUAAGCUUGUUUAAAGAUUUUCGGUUGGUUUAUUAUGAUGAUUUAUG